AUGCCAAUUUCAGGGUCUACUUUGUGUACAGUUAGGCGCUACGGCGACGGGGACGACGACGCGGCGAACAAUGCGUGUGACAUUGGCGGGAAGAAAGGUGGCUACGCCCCGUGCAUAAUAAGCGGCAGCCCGUGCUGUCUACGGAACCACGUACCACGUAUGAGUGGUCCACAUCAGCCAAAUGAAACGCAAUGGCUCCGCGGGGACGCGCACACAUCCCGCUCAGUCGCACUCCAAACAUCGCACACGCAGGCGCAGACCUGCCACCUGCACGCUGGUCUCUGCAAGACGUGGUCACUCUGCACCCAGUGCAGUCUCUCUACA